GAACUCAAUCAAGAACAACUCGAGUGCGUCACAUGCCUGGAGCGCGUGCGCCGCCGCGACCCUGUUUGGUCGUGCCAACAUUGCCACAUCAUUCUGCACCUGCGGUGCGCACGCCAAUGGAGCAAGAAUAGUAUCGAUCCUACUGGACCCCAGGGUGCAAGGCACUGGGCCUGCCCUGGCUGCCGCGAGCCCGUGAGCCGACUCCCAAAGAGUUAUCUGUGCUUUUGCGGCAAGGAAGUGAACCCUCAGCUCCAUUCCGGCUUUGAUGCCCACACCUGUGGCAAUGUGUGCGGUCAGCCUCGUCCCGAGUGCAAACACCUGUGCACCGAUACCUGCCACCCUGGCCCACACCCGCCGUGUGGGCAGAUGGUGCGUCAAGCCUGUCCUUGUGGUGCCACAUCUCGCCAACUCCCUUGCAAGCGAGCACGCGAAGAUGCCACCUUUACCUGCACCAACACCUGUGAGAAAACCCUGAGCUGUGGCCACCACAAGUGCCAGCGACGCUGUCACACAGAUGACUGUGCCACAUGCACCGUCAUGGUUCAGCUCACCUGCUUUUGUGGUCGGGCAACACGCUCGGUUCCCUGUGGUUCAAGCCAACAUCAAGCUGCCCUCGCCAAUGACCUGCAGUACUCGUGCGAAGCUGUCUGCAACCAUUUGCUUGACUGCGGCCACCACCAUUGCGCAGAAACUUGCCACCCUGGCCCCUGUGCACCGUGUGCCCUCUCCCCAGAGCGUGUCAAAACGUGCCCGUGUGGCCGCUUGCCUCUCCGCAUGCUGCUUCGAGGACAACCACGCACCGCAUGCACAGACCCUGUGCCCACUUGCAUCGGAGUUUGCAAUCAGACGCUGGCAUGUGGUCAUACCUGCCCUGCCAAAUGCCACAAUGGACCCUGCCCCCCUUGUCAGGAGCGCGUUGCACUGCAAUGCGCGUGCAGUGCCACUCAGCAAGAGAUGGCCUGUUUCGAAGUGGCGGCGCUGGUAGCCCAGCAAGGCAGUCCUGAGCUGCGUUGUGAUCGUGAGUGCCGCCACUUUCUCAGUUGUGGGCGCCACCGCUGCGAUCGCAUCUGCUGUCCCGGGCGUACACUACCACCCAGCGCAGAUGCAGAUCUACACACUUGCAUGGAAUUUUGUGGGCGCCGGCUCAAAUGCGGCUGUGAAUGCGAUCGGCUGUGUCACCGUGGUCGUUGCCCCGAUACAUGUGGCCGUGUGCUGCGGGAGCCCCUUUAUUGUGCUUGUGGUAAAACUAGCAUCCGUCCCCCGGUGCCCUGUGGCACUCCCUUACCUGAGUGCAAGUACCCCUGUCGAAUCGCGCGCCCCUGUGGCCAUCCAGUCAAUCAUCCUUGCCACCCGUCUGGCGAGUGUCCGCCCUGUGCCACUCUUGUUGAGCGAGGUUGUGUGGGCCACGGCACAAAUAUUACGGGGCCUUGCUAUCAGCAGACCCGAAUUUGCAGCGACAAAUGCGGCCGACCGCUGCCCUGUGGCGUGCACAGCUGCCCUUUCUUCUGUCACGAAGGGAGUUGUACGGAGUUAAUUGCCGCGGAUAGAGCCAAGCGCACGCCUGCAGCCUGUGGUCACCCUUGUGGUCUCGACUGCCAUGGGGAUGAGCCCUGCCCGGAUGUGGCUUGCGCUGUCAAGGUUUCGCGCCGCUGUCGCUGCGGU